AUGAAGGGCGCUGAAGCCAACGCCUCCAACGGCGGCUCUGGCAAUAUUUACAUUGGACAGGAGAUCUACAAGGAAGAGAACCCCACCAUAACCUAUAUCCCUCCGUGCAACUUCAUCCUACCUCCCUACACGCUCGCCUCGCCAACCACCAUCACCCUCCCCGUUUAUACAACCUCUCUCGAGAUCGCGUGGUCGACAGUCCUUACCGUCACCGUUGGAGCAACCGAAACAGCAACCAGCACAAUAACUCGUACGAUCCAGACAACGACCAUCUCUAUCCCUUUAAUCAUGACAGACAGAAUUAACAUCUGGCACUGGAACAUCACUCCUACUGCUCCCUCGCUGCGUAGCUACCAGCUGACCAGCAGCAUCCUACCUUCCCUGAUCCACAUUACUAAAAGCGGCGUCCCUAGCGCAAACCUGCCAGUUACUCGCAUUCUCACCCUUCCGCCAUUCCCCUACAAGACGGAUAUUAUUAAUCCUUUCUUCUAG